GUAGAAGAGCAGCAGCAGCAGCAGAGAGCGGAGCGAGGAGACAGUGGGGGAGGGUCACGUGUGUACACACUGUAGGGCUCAGCAGCACUCCAGCAGUAGUAAAGUCUGAAACGGACGGCCCCUUUUCAGAACACUACUCGUCCGAAAAGUUGAUAGAUGAAGUCAAUCUCCACCGACAUGCAGGGAAGCGGUUGUUUUUGCUGGUUUUAGGCAUUGGGAGCGCGAGGAGAGCCGGAGUGCGUAUUUUAGGACGUCUGUUUGUCAAAUGAAACGACUGAGAAAUGCCAGUGGAAAUGCUACAUCCAAACCCUAUGCCUCCGUAGGUUUGUCACCGACCCAAAUCUAUAACGUUACGUUUCUGUCGACCUGUUGAAAGACGUGACCUGUGUCAGAGCCCAGCAAUGUGGAUCUGCAUGGUUUACAAUGAGACGGACACCAGCGUUGACUUCCAGCUCUGCCAGGACUAUGGCCUCAUCCUGUCGGUCUUCUCCCUCAUCUACCUCCUGGUGUGCUUUCCAUUGGGGCUGUGCUACAAUGCGCUGCUGGUCGUGGUCAACCUCUCCAACAAGGUGUCCAUGACCAUGCCGGAUGUUUAUUUUGUCAACAUGGCCAUAGCAGGCCUCGUGCUCAAUCUGGUGGCGCCUGUGGAGCUGCUAAGCUCCACCUUCACCCGCUGGCAUGCAUGGGAGUACAACAACGAGGUCUACAUUACCCUGCUCAUUCUCUUCAACAUUUCCUCUCUGGUCAUCAUGUAUUCCACCACGCUGCUCAGUCUGGACUACUAUAUAGAGCGGGCCCUGCCUCGUACGUACAUGUCCAGUGUGUAUAACACCAAACAUGUUUGUGGGUUCAUCUGGGGUGGGGCGGUGCUCACUAGCUUCUCUUCAUUGCUCUUCUAUGUGUGCAACCACAUCUCCACUAAGAUGGUUGAGUGCUCUAAAAUGCAGAACAAGGAGGCAGCAGAUGCCAUCAUGAUGUUCAUUGGCUACGUGGUUCCAGCUGUGGCUGUUCUUUAUGCCUUUGUACUCAUUUUGCGCAUUAGGAAGGAGUCUACACCUCUGGAUCAGGACUCCGCUCGCUUGGACCCUUCUAUCCACAGACUGCUGCUAGCCUCAGUCUGUGUGCAGUUUGUACUGUGGACCCCAUACUACAUGACCUUGUUGGUACACACUGUAGCCGGUGCACCAGGGUACAUUAACAAUGCACACUACUUACCUACCUAUUAUUUCUUAAGAUGUGUGUCUAAACUGCUGGCUUUCUCUAGCAGCUUUGCAAUGCCUCUCAUGUAUAGGCAGAUGAACAAAAACUUCUCCAACAAGCUUCAGCGGCUGCUCAGGAGGCUGCGCUGUGGAGACCAGUCCUGCCCUCAUGAACGCUCAACAGUGCAGCAAGUAGUGACGUGAGAUCUCCCACCGGGAGAUUACUGGCGCCCCUCCCACUCCCCCUUUUCCACCUCUCGACCUAGCCGGCACUUAUCUCCCCCCUACAGAGCCAGUAUCUGACUGAGCUCCCGGACUGCUCUGGACUGUGUUAAGAGCGACGUAGCUAACUGUGGAAUUUCCUGUCACCUUCAGAACUUGAUCUGAUCUAUCCAGUUCUGCAGCGAGAGGACAAACCAAGCAAAAACCACUAAGUGCUGUUAUUUUUUGUCAACACGUGAAGUUCUCCUCUACUUCUAUUUUGAGGGCUGUAAAUCGGCACAAUCAGCUGAUAAGUACCGUUAAGACAAACACACAAAAUAUCCUGUUUAUAAAUAUCCUUGGACGGCCAGUCACUACGCCAUCUCAGUGGGAGCAGCUUUCCUGAUAACAGCGGUGUUUAUGAAUACUGUGCUGACAGAGUGUGCAAGUUUGACCAAUCCAUGACUGCCUAAAUUUCACUUUAGUCGCAAUAUGCUACUAGAUACAAUUUAAGAAUAAUUUACAAUUGAUGCAUAAUACAUAAGCAGAACAACAAGCAGUAAGCUAUAAACUUUAUUUAUCAAGUGAUGGAUGGUGGCUGAUACAUCAACAACCCACCACAGCCAGUAAACUUGCACUGUGUGUCAGCAAUGCUUCACGCUGCCUGUGACCAUCAGUGUUUACUGCCCUCAAACUAGACAAUUGAUCACUUGACAGUUCUACCUUUUCAGAGCUGCAUUUUCUUUUUACUCAAAUGUGUUGAGAGUGAUUCCUCAUUAUCACGUUAAAUAAUCUUCACAUUUAAAAGGUGGAAUACAAAAUGUAUGCUCUUUCAGAAAUUGUAGCUUCAUUUCAAAAGCUGUUUUCUUUCUCGAUACCCGUACUACCCUGUAGUUAGAUGUAGCUACUGGUAUGAAGAGAUGUUCUCAGUUCAUUUUUUAAAAAAUGUCCUAAGGUAUCCACUCACAGGUAUAAAGAGAUUAUUCUUGCAUAUGUUAUAAGCUCCACAACAAAUACAUUAUGUAAACUAUACAUCCAUACCACAAGUCACACAACUACAUGAAAUCCUUAUAUAAAGCUUGUAUUCAGGGUUCAUCCAUAACCGGUAUACCUCUUGUGAUCUCUGCUGAAAUCACAUCACCUGUUAACCAUAAGUGGUUCAAAUCAACUCAUUCAUUCAUUUGAGCAGAUGGCCUCAACUCAGUAUGUGAUUUGUUAAGCUGUGUAUUGCUUCUGCAGGAAUUAUGCAUGAAGAGCCUCACAUAGUGUCAGUCAGGUUCCCCCCCCGCCCCAAGGUCACAGAGAGGGCCCUGAGGAAGUGGCAUGUACAUUCCCUAAAUUGUAUGAGCAUUCAUGAGCGGUAGGGAGGGUUUGUCCAGUGGAAAUAUGAAGCCUGUCUGGGUCACUCUAGAGGCACUAUCAGAAACCUUCAUAAACUAUAAAACACUUGCCUGCCAAGUACCUGAAAACUGUGUUUGUCACAGAGUUUGAACUGUAAUGCUGCUCAGAUGCAUUAAGGUAAUCUGCAUAUUGUUGGCAAAGCUGCUUUGCUUUCUUGCCUGGAAUUUAGUGAAAAGAGAACAGACUAAUAGUGAUAAAGCCCAGUUAUAAACUUCAACUUGCUUUUGCGUGAGGUCUGUUGCGUCACUGCAUUAGUUUAGUUGUUUUUGUUUUUGUUUUUUUGCUUUCUGAAUGAGAGGGCCAGUUUAUAAAUCAUCCUGUGAACAGAUGCACCAGCUGGGCGGGGCAUUCACUUGAAGAGAAAUGGAAGGUGGGCACACUGUUAUAUUCAACUCUCAGACAACAAUAAAUGAUAGUCACCUUUCUUUGUAAUUUACACCUUAAGAUAAACAAUUGUAUGUUAAUUUUGACCUGCUGGGCUGUUUCUGCAAGUCUGCUUGGCUUUCACUGCAAAAUUUGAAGUUUUGCCAGAUGUACUAAAACAGCGUUGAUGCUUUUCAUACAUAUAUGAAAUUAUUAUUAAGAUUAUAACAUUAUAUCAAACAUACACCUACUGUAUUUUUUAAACAUCUUGUGACUAGAGAUAUUGCUUGUCUAUGGUUGAUGUAUGAAACAGUGUCCAACAUUUUAAUUUUCGCUGCAUCGUCCCACCCUCGUUAUGUGUAUCUACCGUGAGAAGUAAUGUUUAUUUUCAACUGAGGCUGUGUGUUUAUAUCAUGUGCUACAGUAUUUGCCACCCCAUAAAACAAGCUUGUACGUAUCGUGACACAGUUAAUCAUUAUUUGAACUCAGUUCAAAGUCCCACUGCUUACUGUUACAUUUAGCAUUGGAAGGCAAACAAUAGUGCAUAUAUGGUCAAAUGAUACAGGGUUUGAAUUGAAGCUUGUGACUGUCUGAUUUUUGACAUUUAAGCAACAUUUCUUAAGGUGGUGUCCAUUUUCAGCCCUGAAUUGGUUUACUAUAUACUGUCAGACAUUGCAGUUGUGUCUACGUUUAUUUUGACCAAAACUCCAACUAUUAUUUAAUCAAUAAGCACUUGAAUUAUAAUGAAUAGAAUUGAAUGUUUGAAUAUUGUCUGAUUAUGUGACAGCAGAACAUGUUGCCAUUGGUGAUUUUAUGAAGUUAAUGUCAAUAAAAUGUAUGUCAAUUUUACCUUUAUGUUUCUAAUGAGACAUCCAACUGGAAGGCACUCAGUAUCUGUUAUUUUGAUGGUAAAUUUCAGUCUGUAUCUGAAUCAUCAUCAAACUUCUUAAGUAAAUGACAACUGGGUGGAUUUUUGGAGAAUAGCUAAAUUAGGAGCUAUGACCAGUUAACGCAGCAGUCAUUUAACUUGGAGUUGAUAUGUGCAUGUGCCAUUUAAAUUUGGUUGCAAUUACACAAAGAAGGCCUCACUUCUAACACUAAUCUAAUCAGUUUUCUUUCUUCCCAUGCCCUGACUUUUCACCAAAUUUCACUAAAAUCCAUUUAGCCAUUUUAAGUUAGAGACAGGUCCUAAAACAAACUCCUUGGCAGGGGUAAUAGUUAGCGGUCACCACAAAUUGACUGACUGCACGAUGCAGACAACUGGCAAAUAAAGCUUGAUCAAAUUGGGCCUAAAAUUAUACCCAAGUCCGAUUACUGCUGAAGACUGACUUUGGUUUAUUAUUUCAGAGGGGCCAUAAUCUCACACCAGUGCGGAGAAACUUGAGUUUAGUUAAAUUGCUGAAACAGACCACGUAUAAAAACACCCUCAAAGUUCUUGUGUGUCAACUGUAUGCAGAUGCAAUUCAGCUAUUUGAACAGCAAAACCUCAGAAGUCCAGAUGAAUCCACGUUCAGAUGUGAUGCUUUUGUGACUGUGUAUGCAAGUGUAUGUGUAUAAUAAUGUGUAUAUAUUGUAUGUGAGAGAUUUACAGGAAGAUACCAUGCUCUUUAAAAAACACAGUAUUAUUUUCUGAGAGAUAUAUUUAGAUUCUGUAAGUAAUCUACUCUAUUGUCAACUGAGUCAAAGACUGAUUAAACAAUAAACUAACAAGGAUAUCA